GCUACUUUUUCUAUUUGAUAGUUGAACAAGGUUAUCAUUUAUUUAUUAUUUAGUGAACAGUCGGACGUCUGAUUAAACUUAACUCUUUCUUUUGUGAGUAAAUUGAGUGUAUUUUUGGGAAUAAAAAUGGUUAAAGCCUGGUUAAUGGAUAAUGAAACCACCGAUCAACGUUUGGAACAUCAUCGUAAUCCUCCAACAUUUAUUUCAUUGGAAGAAUUAUUCUCUAAAACCGGUGUGGAACAUUUUCUGAUCAAUGCCGAUAACUAUCAAAAUGAUAAUGUUUUACAAAACUUGCGUAAAAAACGAAACUAUAGUUAUGAAGAUGAAAUUACCUGUUCGGAAAAAUGUUUAGUCGAUUAUGCCAAUAAAUUGAAAUCAUUCUUUACUGAACAUUUACAUACCGAUGAAGAAAUACGUUUGGUUUUAGAUGGUUCCGGUUAUUUCGAUGUAAGAGACAAUGAAGAAAAUUGGAUUCGCAUUGCGGUAACUAAAGGUGAUUUAAUUAUUAUACCAGCUGGCAUUUAUCAUCGUUUUACUUUGGAUACUAAUAAUUAUAUUAAAGCCAAACGUUAUUUUGUGGGUGAACCUGUUUGGUUACCAUAUAACCGCCCUGCUGAUGAUAUGGAUUGUCGCAAGGAAUAUUUGAAACAUCAACAGGAGGGUUUUAAACAAUUAAAUAAAGUUUAAAUGUUGAAAUUUUAAGAUGUGACUAAUUGCAGCUUUUAUUUUUAAACAAAUAACAAUUUACGUUUUAUAUAAAAAAAUUUAUGUUAUUUAGUUGUUAGCUUGUCUUACUAUUAAUUAGUACCCUAAAAUUUGAUAUUACUAAAUUGUGUAAUAAAAAUAAAAUAUAAUUUUAUUGGAAAAA